AUGGCAGAACAGUCUUCAACUCGCAACAAUGACCCUCCUACGGGCCUGUACUUCUUCUACGGAACCCUGAUGGAUCCAACUCUGCUGGUCGAGUUGCUCGGCCUAGACAAGAAGCCAGAUCUGCGUCCUGCUUAUAUAAAGGGCUACAAGUUCAAGCUCUGGGGGCCCUACCCGGCUCUCCUGGAUGACAAGCAUGACGACUCGGCCAUCAUUGAAGGCGCGGCGUUUAAUGUCGCGACUGUCCAGCAUGCGCGCCUACUGGCUGAAUAUGAGACGGACAACUAUACCACUGGAACCACUACGGUGUAUUAUACCGAUGGACAGCAGCCGGCCACUGAUCAGGGCAACAUCUAUGUGUUUUCGGGCGACAGGACGAUCCUGAGAGAGGGCGAGUUCAACCUCGAGAAGUGGAUGAGGUCCAAGGGUAGGGGGGACGUGCUGGAUGAGCUGAAUGCGAAGAAGGUUGACGCUUGA